AUGUCCUCGUACCUGUACUUUCGCGUGACGGGCCUCGUGCAGGGUGUGUUCUUCCGCAAGAGCACGCUGCAGCAGGCGCAUGACUUGCAACUGCGUGGAUGGGUGCGCAAUGAGCCGGACGGCUCGGUGUGUGGCGAGGCGGCCGGGCCGACCGAGCAUGUGCAGCGGCUGCGCGACUAUCUGCACAUCGGGCCGCGAGAGGCGCGCGUCGACAAUGUGGAUGUGAUGUUUAUCAAGCACCAUGACAUCUCGACGUCGACGCUCCCGAUACCCUUUGAGAUUCGAUCGUAG